ACACAACAUUCACGCAUGUACACUGUGACCUUUCAGUGCAGCUGCCUGAGAAGGCUGCACUUGGCGAGUGGACGACGUGGAGCCGAAACACGACGACUGACGGUGUAAACACACCGUAAAUGGGUUUAUGAACACCUCAGCCCUUACUCUCGUCACUCCCGUUUACCUCGACCGACUGUUGUGGAUGGAUCACUAUUAUUUACGUCUCACCGAGAAGCCUUCCAACGCCCAGUCAGCAGCGGCAGCCAUAGCUCCGUCUUUGACGCUGGAGAGCAGUGAAACGUGUCCCCGCCAUGGCAGCCUUUAGUCACCAGAUGCUCCUCGCAGUCACAAGAUCCAGGGGAUCCUAUUUGUUAUCCAAGAGGAACAGCUGCUCCUCUCUGUCUUCCAAAGCCUAUCUCCACGUAGAGCCACCUCCUUGCCAGGUCUCGUCUCCGCAGCCACUCAGACACUCGCACUACGGCUCCCCGCACUGUUAUCGAGGUCGCGCCAUCGACCGCGGCCAAAACCCGCUGCCGCUCGUCCGAUCUCUGCACAGUUCAGGCGUUUGGCUCCAAGAAAUAAAGCAGGAGGACACUAAAACCGCCACCCAGGAUGCUUCCCCGGAAGCUAAAAAGUCCCAACCUCCGUCGGCUGCCAGUCCAACGCCCACCAGCGCCGCCACCACCACCUCCACCACACUGGCAGCCGUCCCGCCGGUGCAGGAGAGGACAGUCGUGAAAAAGGCUCUCCAUCAGAAGAUAGUGGAUGAGUUGAAGCACUACUACAACGGCUUCCGGUUGCUCGGCAUCGACAUCAAGAUCGCGGGCAGGAUGGUGUGGAGGCUGCUGCACGGACAGCUGCUCACACGCAGGGAGAGGAGACGGCUGUUACGGACCUGCGCUGACCUCUUCCGCCUGGUGCCCUUCACGGUGUUCAUCAUCGUUCCUUUCAUGGAGUUCCUUCUACCCGUCUUCCUGAAACUCUUCCCAGAGAUGCUGCCCUCCACCUUCGAGACGGAGUCCAAAAAGGAGGAGAAGCAGAAGAAAGGCCUGGCAGCCAAGCUGGAGCUGGCCAAGUUCCUCCAAGAGACCAUCGCCGAGAUGGCCCGACGGAACAAAGCCAAAGCUCUAACGGAAGACGAGACGCAGCGCUUCUCCACAUACGUUCAGAAGGUCCGCGGCACCGGCGAGCAGCCCACCACGAAGGACAUCGUGCGGUUCUCCAAGCUGUUUGAGGACGAGCUGACGCUGGAGCACCUGGAGCGCCCCCAGCUGGUGGCCCUGUGCAAACUGCUGGAGCUGCAGCCCAUCGGCACGAACAACCUGCUGCGCUUCCAGCUGAUGAUGCAGCUCCGAACCAUCAAGGCAGACGACGAGAUGAUCGCAGCGGAGGGCGUGGCAGCUCUCAGCGUGUCAGAAUUACAGGCCGCGUGUCGUAGUCGAGGGAUGAGGUCUUUGGGUCUCACCACCGACCAGCUGCACCAGCAGAUUCAGCAGUGGCUGGACCUGCACCUGAAGGAGAACGUCCCUCCAUCGCUGCUGCUGCUCUCCAGAGCCAUGUACCUGACGGACCUCCAACCAAAACCUCCAGUCAUCCCGCCCGUUCCCAAGCUGGAGAAGUCUCAUCCUCCAGCGGAGAACGUCACCGCAAACACAACCUCGGUCAGCCCGGACCUGUUGGCCGACCCCGCGCUCAUCAUCAAGGACAGACCGGUGGAGGAGAUGAGAGACAAGGCUCCGGUGGUGUCGGACCAACCUCUGACUCCUGCCGAAGUCCUUCAGGCUAAAGCCGCAACCGAGCUGUCCCAGAAGAGCAAGAUGAGCGCCAACGGUGUUUAAAGCGGAGCAGGACACUCUGGACCGGGGAGAGAGAGAGAGAGCGCAUUCACUCAGACCGGCUCCAUUUCAGUGGACCUGUGUUAUUUUUAAAACACCGUCUCGUCGGGCACAGAGGCCAGUUGGUCUGCGUGCCGCCCUUUAAGCUCUCCUGCUUUCACACUCCGUUCUCUGCCCGUCUCCGUCAGAGCUGGACGAAAACCAGCACCCCCCCCCCCCGCCCCCCUCCACACCUUCCCAAAACCGCAAACGGCAGAGCAGUCUGUCCCCUCACAGUCUAGACGGUCAAGUCCUGUAAAUUUGUAAAUUUCCUGUAUAUUUGCGCGUCGCAGCGGCUCUGUACAUUUUGCUGCAAAAGUCCUCGUCUCUCUUAUCUGGGCACCGUUUCGCUCCUGUUCGUGUCAAGAGAGAAGUCAUCCUUUUUGUUUUGUUUUUAUGUGGGGGGGUAUUAAAAGAAUAUGUUGCUGGACUUUUUGGUUCAGUAGCUGUGUGUGCCCCCCCCCCCUCCCCUUCCAGCAGGGUGACAUAACGUAGCUGCUCGCUGUUGCAUUUAACUAUGAGAGAGGUCACUCCCUAAAGUCAGAGGCGACUGUGGUAAAGUGCACCUUAAACCACUGAACGGACUGUGUAAAAAAAAUAAAAUUCAAAUAAAAGUGCAGAUUUUAUUUGCAUAGAAAGUAUAUAUUCUGUUUUAACACUAUGAUACUAGGAUUCCUUUAAAGAGAAAUACUUGAUGUUGUCAAUUGAGAUAUAUUAUUAAUAUGGGGAGCAGCUUUAAUCCUCAAGCCACAUGUGAGACAAAUAUUAUUUUUGGAGUAUUUUGGCUGCAGAAGUCUUACAUUAAUUUGCCCUGCUAAAUGCUGUAUUGGGAAGGUUUAUCACAUCGUUGUGUAUUUCUCAAAAACAUGGUUGUAUGUGCUGGACAGUGAAGACUUUCCAUCCCUCUUUUUACAUUGUUGGAGUAACUUUCCGUCUCCAUAUUUUUCCCUCUUUGCUUUUAUCCAGAGGCACGUCCCACAAGGCGAUGCCGUAAGUGGAAGGAUAUUUUUCAACAAAAGAAAUGAUAAUAUUGGUUUUUACAUAUGUGCCUGAGGUUGAAUGGCAAUUGUUUGCAGUUUAUCAUAUUUUCUAUAUUGUGCAAUUGUCAGUUUUUGAUUGGUCAGUCACCUCUGUGUGUUUAAAGCGCCCAGGUAAACUUUUUCCUUCAGUGGAAUGUCUCCCUUUUUCCUCCCCCAUUUGAUCCAAGUAUCAAUCCAAAUUAAUAAUCAUGGUCAACUCUUGAUAACCGAUGAAAAAGCAAUCAGCUUUUCAUUCAGUUCUGCACAAAGAAAUUAAAUUAAUCACAACCGGGUCAUAUCUGGUUUGUGCUCUGCUAUAUAACAACCAGGCGGUAAUAUUAACAGCAUUUAAUUUUAUAAAAGAAAAAGGUCUCUGAGGUUCAACAACACCUGUCAUUGAGCUUUUGAGACAGACUCAUCAUAAAUGUGCUGUUGCUCAGGGUUUCUUGGAGUUUCUGAUGUUGACGACUGGCACCGCCUGGUUCGAGAUUCCUACUGUGCCUCCGAAAACCCUGCAACUGAAAAACACAUGGUUGUACUUUUCUGUCUGUUAUUUGAAAGAGAACGUAUCAUUCUGCAUCCACAGUAACAUCCACCCACAGAUAUAUAUAUUUUUUUUUUUAAGUACCGCUGUCCAGUUCCACCUCACCUUGAAUGGAAUGUAUGCAUCACCUGACCAGGGCAAAAAAUACAUUUACAAAAUUAAAUUCAUCAAACCCUC